AUGAAAGAGAAAUUACAGAUUGAGCUUCUCAGAGUCACUGUCUCUGAAACCAAGCUCUCUCUGAGCUUCUCUCUGAAUGACCACACAGGGUCAUAUGCCACUGUAUUGACUGAGAGGGAAAGCAGUGUUGCAACAGUGAUGAGAGAGGCAGAGAACAGACUGAACACAGAUAAACUGACUAGCAGAAGAAACAACAUCUCACUGCAAGGCACAGUGACUACUGCUGCAGCUGCAAAAGAAGCAGAAGAAGGAGAAGAUGUGAUAAUAAGAGUGAUACUCUCACAGCUCAUUGACACUGCUGUCUCCACCUUCAACCUGGCUUUCUUGACAGUCAUGAAGGCUGCUGCUGCAUCAUGA